AUGGUGCUGUCGGAGGACCAGGUCCUGGACUGGUGCGACAGGCUCUACCUGACGGUGGAGCCGGAGUCCCGGAUCAUCCGGAGCCUCUGGCCGGCGCAGCCUCCUGCCUUCUGCGACGUCCUGCGCGAGUACACCGCCAGGUGCUGGGAGAUCGCCGGCGUCGUGCUCACCAGCCUCGCCAGGCUGCUGGGCCUGCACGAGGGCCGCUUCGUCGUCAUGAUGGACGAGGGCGUCGCCAUGACGCACGCCAGGUUCAACUACUACCCGCGAUGCGAUGCCCCGAGCCGGACCUCGUCUUCGGCCUGA